AUGGAUCUUCUGGUUCUCUACAUUGGAUUAUUGAAACUGUGGAUAGCACAAUUCCUGAUUAACGUCGAAGAAGUGAACAGAGUGUUUUGCAAAGCAGCAGUAUUCCUCGGAUAUAUGUGCAGCGAGGUGUCAGUGUGGCUGAUUGUUGCUGUUACGAUUGAAAGAACCAUCGUUGUGUUAUUUCCACUAAAAGCGCCACGAAUUUGUAAUGCAAAGUACGCUAAAAUUGGAAUAACAAGCAUUAUUGUGCUGUUCACAAGCUUAAAUUUUCAUUUCUUAUGGUCAGUGGAUUUACAUUAUACGUACGGAAAUAACACAGCUGUAGCGGAGUGUAAAGCCAAAGAAAACUUCAAAUAUCUCGUGGAACAUGUCUGGCCGUGGGUCGACGCUGCUCUGUAUGCCUUCUUCCCAUUUGUGUUUAUUUUCGUGUUGAAUCUAACCAUCAUUCGAAAUGUGAUUAGUGCAAAGAAUGCUCGAAUGAUGCUUCGCCAGCACACGUUUUCAGCUGGACGUUUAGGAAAACAAAUUCACCAGAGACAAGGUCACAGGGAAGUCAGCCGAAGAAUAACCUGGAUGCUGUUAGCGGUCUCGUUCACAUUUCUAGUAACUACACUUCCAAUGAAUAUUUAUAUUAUCUAUAUCUCUGUGACGGAAACUCCAAGAGAAAUUGAACCUCUAGUGAAACGAAAGCUGAUUGACACGAUUUCUGAAAUGUUGAUGUACACCAAUCACAGUAUUAACUUCUUUCUUUUUUGUGCUACGGGGAAGAAAUUUCGGGGUCAAGUGCGUUCUAUGGUGUGUGCCUGUAAUACAUCAGAACUCUUCAAUCGGUUCAGCAAUCUGUCAAACAGAUCCUCGGGUGGAAGUCUCCGAUUGUUUAAAUUGAACUCUUCCAAAACUGAUGACGCUGUAGAAGUCUAG